UUUGUUCUGUUUUGAUCAUUUGUUACUUUCAAUAAACUGCAAUUGGAUCUUACCUUGUUUCUCCUGGUGUUCCGUGACAGAAAAUAGCAGCCACUACAAGAUCCAGCAGUUUGUUUUUCUUUUUUCCUUUUUUGAAUCAUGGACCUUCGGAUUGUCCCUCCUGCCACAGGGAAGGAGUGAGUGAUCCGACACCGGACUCUGAUGGCUUGGCGGCAGGAAGGAAUGGAGGUUGGUGGGUUUGCCCAGACCUUUUGGACAUUGGCAGUGGGCCUAAAUUACAAUGAUGCUGCACUUAAGGACCUCCUUAACAUCUGUCUGGAUAAUCCUUUGCCCCAGUGGGAGGUGAAAGGACUCGAGAUCCUAGACUUCUGGGGCUUCGUCAGAUAUCUCCAGGGUCGAAGUCAGUGGGCAAAACCAGGCCAAUCAGAAACCUUCUGCAGGGGUUUUCCCACCACCUCUAUCCUUCAGACUCCAACUAAGCGGCGGAGGGGGAGAAGGAAGACGGGAAAACCCACUCCAGAGCCCGCUCCAUUCCGGGAGCCCACAGAGCCCGCUGUUACUAAACUCUCUCUGCUCUUGUUUUUAGGUACUCCUGAGUUGCUGAGAGGGUUUUCUGUCCCACCAAUGUUGCCUGACAGGAUUCCGGCUCCGCCCUGGUUGCCCGCCUGGGUUCUGGUGUGGCAGGAGCCUCACUGGCUCAUUCCUCCAGCUCCAUCCUGGCUAUCUGCUGGGGGUUCCUGUAUGGUUGGGGCCCUGCUGGUUCGUCCUGCCGGCCCCACCUUGGCCUUCCACCCUGCCCGUUCCGCUCUUACACCCUGGUCUACCUCUGUUCCCUGAUCCCCUUCCUAUGCAUGGUCCUGGCCCGCCAUCCCUCCCCCUGGUCCGCCUCAGUUCCACCUCCCUCCUGAACUUUUAUGUUUU